AUGAACAGAGGAAUGAGAUUUUUGUCUCCUGCAUCAUAUGUCGGUACAUCAAAUUGGCUGUUUCCAGAUAGUAUGGUGACGAAGUGGACUCCAGAGGAGAACAAAAGGUUUGAGAAUGCUCUUGCAUUAUUUGACAAAGAUACUCCAGAUAGAUGGUACAAUGUGGCAGCCAUGAUCCCAGGAAAGACUGUAAGUGAUGUGAUCAAACAUUAUAUGGAAUUGGUGGAAGAUGUUAGUGAUAUAGAAGCAGGGCUAAUACCAAUACCUGGUUACACCAAUAGUUCUUUCACAUUGGACUGGGUGAAUAGCCAAGGCUAUGAUGGGUUGAAACAAGGUGUAGCCUGCAGUCGGAACUCGUCCACUCGAUCUUCAGAACAUGAAAGGAAAAAAGGCGUGCCAUGGACCCAAGAAGAGCACAGGCAAUUUCUGUUGGGGCUGAAAAAGUAUGGAAAAGGCGACUGGAGAAAUAUAUCGCGCAAUUUUGUAACAACAAGGACUCCGACUCAGGUUGCUAGUCAUGCUCAGAAGUACUUUAUCAGACAGCUUUCCGGAGGGAAGGAUAAGAAAAGAUCUAGCAUACAUGAUAUCACAACCGUCAAUCUUACAGAAAUGAAAUCAGACAAAGAUAGACGCCAUUCACCAGAUAAAUCUACCUUGGUUACGUACUUUCAACAGAAAUCAGACUCUAAUCAGCCAAAUGAAGGAGUGACAACGGCAUUCAACCUACCAAAUAGCAGCCUGAUCACGACACAUCUUCGAGCCCACCCCACACGAGCGAUUUCACAGUGCAGCUAG